AUUUGUCAUAAAAAUAAACAUUUUUAAUAUGAAAAAUUUCAAGUUCUAACUUUUUGAAUAUAGGAUUUUUCAGGAAUUAUUUUUGUGGAAAAAAUUGAAUUUUUUAUUUGAAAAAUGAAAAUUUUAUUCGGGCAGAGAAAAAAUGGACAAAAAAUUUUCACUGGUACUGAAGAAUGGGCAAUGCAUAAUAGACUUUAUCACAUAUUGUCCAAAGAGAGUAAAAGAAAAAAAAACUUUAUUAAGCAACCAAAUCUAAUUUCAUUAAAAUUCAUUAAAAAAUUAAUUGGAGAUAUAGAAAAUUCUCAACCAAUUGGAGUUAUACAAAUUAUUGCUUUAAGUAAAGCAUUAAAUCUUCAAAUCCGAAUAAAAAAUCCAAAAAAUAAUAUUGAUUUUAAAAUAGGAAAAUCUCAAAUUUCACCAAUUGAAAUUGAAUAUAAUGAUGGUCAUUGGAGUUUAAAGAAUGGAAAAAAUGUAAAUUUUUGUGGUACAUGGAAAAAUAAUUGUUGCUUUGAGGCAAUAGCUGGACAAAUUAAUUUAAGUCCACAGGAGAUUUGUAAAAAAACAAUAAACGAAAUGAGAAAUAAUGAAUAUUAUUAUGCAAGAAUUAUAGAUAAAAUAAUGCAUAUAAAAAAUUGGCAAAUAGUUUUAAAUUCAAUGAUUGGAGGUGCAAGAUAUAUGGGAAAUUCUGCUUCUGAGGCAAGAAGAGUUAUUGAUAAUUCACAAAAUGGACGAUGCUCUCAUAAUGGAUUAAAAGGACAUCCUCGAGGUCAUGCAUCGUAUCCAAAUGCAAAUGGUUCCGAUGAUUCGGUUGAAAAUUAUUCUCGAGGAGGAUGGAAAACAGGAUUUUUAAGUAGAAAUGAUCAAGAUUUUGUUGGAAAUUUAGCAUUUAAUACAAGAGAUGCUCAACGUGCAAUGGAGCGAUUAAAUGAUGGAUCAUCAGAUGAAGCGGUUCAUUUAAGUAUUAGAGAUUUAGGAAAAGAUGAUUUGCCAAAAGCUAGUGAUUUUAGAUAUGGAAGAGCUGAUGGAAGUCCACGUAAUAUUUCUAGUUUAACAAUUGUUUUAAGACACCACAUGGGAUCACAAAAUGAUAGAAUGGCAGAUGUUUUUAUUCAUACAUUUUAUCCACGAUUAUAAUUACUGAAAAAUCUCUUAUUAAUAGCAUUUCAAUAAUUAUGCAGCAGAUUUUUUUAAUUGUCAAUUUUUAUAAUUAACAAUAUUUAAUUAAUAGUAUUUCAACGAUUAUUUUUACCGAUUUUUUAAAUUAUAAAUUUUUAUAAUUAUUAUGAAUUAUAAUAAAUAAAGAAUCUCGAAUUAAUAUAA